AUGACGGACGCUUUGGAACAGUGCCCCCCCUUGCAGCCGUCAGCGGCAGAGGAGCUGGAAACUGAUGCAACCGCCUCCAAGCCAUUCCUGAAGGCACAUGACUGUGGCGUGGGCAGUGCUCUUGGCAAGGCUGGGCAGUGCUGCUUCUUCACGGAGGACACGACCGUCAAUGUCGUCUUCCCAGUUCUCCCAACAGUGAAUGGAAAGCUCUUGAUGGCGCUGGGCGAUGGCGGCUUCCAAUAUCUGCUUGCGGGGGCGCGCGCGAGCGUGGGUGUGAAGGCCGGGCGAUAUCUCUUCGAGGUCAUGAUUGCCGAGGCCAAGAGUCUUUUUGAGCCUCACAGCCGGCUUCCGGGACCUCGGCCCGCACAGCUGGUGCGAGUUGGGGUGUGUACGGCACAGUCCAGCCUCAUUCUGGGAAGCACAGACAGCACGGAGAGCGUCUGCUUUGAUUCCAACGGCUUCUUCCUGCAGGGUCGGAAGAGGGAACUGCCGUCCCUGGAAGACCUGGCUCGGGAGGCCAGGGAGGAGGAGCUGCAGGAUCUCCGAAAGAUCCUGGAGGUGAAGAACAGCGUCAUCAAGGACCUCAGCCAAAGACUGGAGGACCUGCCGCGCAAGGAGAAUGCCGAGCUCCGCCGAGUCCUGCGCAGCGGCGGUGCUGCCCAUGCGCUGCGGGAGCUGCUGCAACAGGCUGCGGAUGGCGGGGCCAAGCUCCGCCGUUGCUUGGCUCAGGAGGCUCUUCUUCGACAGGAGUGGUCUGCCACCGCACAGCGGGUUCGGGAAGACCUCUGCAACAACGAGGCAGGUGGCUUCCAUCUCAAGAAAAGUCGUGCCGAAGAGGAGGCAGUGUUGCAUUUCGAGUGCCUGGCAGCGAAGACGAGUGCGGAGUUCGUGGAGGCGCAGCUGCAAGCCGAGUGCGCGCAGCUCCGAGCGAAGGCUGAUGAGCAGAGUGAGAUGCAGCAGGCUCACACUCUUCAGCUGCAAACUGCCCAAGAGGAGUCCGACCGACUUCGGGAGCGCCUCGGCUCCAUGGCUCGAGGACGGCGCGCACUUCGGCGUCGUGUGGAGGCACUGUGCCAAGGUGGCGGCGACCCGGAGGAAGUUGAGGCAGCUCAAGAAAGGUGCCGGAAACUCUGCGAGGAGGCCGCCGUGGCCUUCAACAUCAACGCGGAGCUCGAGGAGCAAAGGGCGGAGCUUCUCCAGUCCAUACAGCAAGUGGCUGAGCAUGAGCAUCUCCGUGAUCACCGUGAGAAUCAUGAAUUGAAGCAGCGAUGUGCAGACCUGGAGCUGGAGCUAGAGAAGGUGGCAGGCGAAGCUACUGCCACGGAAAGCUUGCAGCAGCGCAUAGUGGAUUUGGAGUCAAGCCUUGCUGCGUCUGUGCUUGGUGCACCGGACGCCCCACUGCCUAUGGAGGUCCAAAGCGAGCUGGAGACGCUGCGCCAAAGUUGCCGAGAGCUUGCAGUGAAGGUAGAAGAGGCCGCCACGAGUACUCCGCAGUAUGCACUCCAACGCAUCGAAGAUCUCGAGGCUCAGCUCUCCAGGUCGCUACUGCACUCCGGCCCCGAGGAGGAAAGGCUGCAGAAUCGCUGCGCUGAGCUCGACGGCAAGCUGGUGGGAAUGGAAGAGGACCUUCAGCGAUCCAGGAAGGAGGCGGAAAGCGCGCGAGAGGAGGUCUAUACUUCGCAAGAGGCGCUGACGCGAACGAGGGGAGAGGUCGAGGAGGUCAAAUGCAAGAUGGAGCUCGUCACGUGCCGCGAUGAGGAGCUUCGCGAGUUGCGGGAGGAGAUCCCACGACUUCGCAUGGAGGUGGUGGAGAGCGGCCGAUCACUGGCCCAGAAGGACGAGGAGCUCCGCCGACGGGUGGACGAGCUGGAAAGCAAGCGGGAGCAGUGCCGCGAGAGCCAGGCUGUUGCCAGCGAGCAGGUUCAGGAACUCCUUCGAAUCAAGGAAGAGCUACAUUGUCUGAAAGGAGAACGAAACUGGAAAGAAUCGCUGUGCCUCAGGCAAGACGAGGAGCUUCAUUGCUUGAGAGAGGAGCAGCACCGGUCACGCAUGGCCGAAGAGCGGAUGAGAGGGGAAGCCGCCCAUGGUCAGGAGGAGCUGCGAAGGACGGAAGCUGAAGCAAAGCGACUCGACAACGAGCUUCGCGCCACCACCAAGCUAGCCACGCAGCGUGAGGAGGAGCUGCGAUGGGCACAGGGCGAAUGCGAGCGCCUCGGGAAAGAUGCCCGGGCCAGUGAAGAGCUCGCCACGCAGCGCGGGGAGGAGCUUCGGCAGACUCUGGCCGAAGCUGAGAUGCUCCGCGAUGACCGUCAAGCCGUCACAGAGCGUUGCAGGCAAUGGGAGGAGGAGCUGCGACGGGCAGAGGGCGAAUGCGAGCGCCUCGGGAAAGAUGCCCGGGCCAAUGAAGAGCUCGCCACGCAGCGCGGGCAGGAGCUUCGGCAGACUCUGGCCGAAGCUGAGAUGCUCCACGAUGACCGUCAAGCCGUCACAGAGCGUGCCAGGCAACGGGAGGAGGAGCUACGACAGGCAGAGGGCGAAUGCGAGCGUCUCGGGGAGGAUGCCCGGGCCAAUGAAGAGCUCGCCACGCAGCGCGGGGAGGAGCUGCGCCAGACUCUGGCCCAAACGAAGAGGCUCCGCGAUGAGCUCCAAGCCAUCACGGAGCUCGCCACGCAGCGCGAGGAGGAGCUACGACGGGCAGAGGGCGACUGCGAGCGCCUCGGGGAGGAUGCCCGGGCCAAUGAAGAGCUCGCCACGCAGCGCGGGGAGGUGUGCCUUGUGAUCCCAGCAGACCAUUCUGGCUACCCAUUGCUAGCGAGUUCGUUGUUGGAUAUCGAGCGCGGCAAAGUAAAGCAUGUUCUCUUGGCUUCAGCCAGCCAAUCCCUGCUACUUCAAGUACGGCAGCAGUUAGCCUUGCAAGAGCUGCGCCAGACUCUGGCCCAAACGAAGAGGCUCCGCGAUGAGCUCCAAGCCAUCACGGAGCUCGCCACGCAGCGCGAGGAGGAGCUACGACGGGCAGAGGGCGACUGCGAGCGCCUCGGGGAGGAUGCCCGGGCCAAUGAAGAGCUCGCCACGCAGCGCGGGGAGGUGUGCCUUGUGAUCCCAGCAGACCAUUCUGGCUACCCAUUGCUAGCGAGUUCGUUGUUGGAUAUCGAGCGUGGCAAAGUAAAGCAUGUUCUCUUGGCUUCAGCCAGCCAAUCCCUGCUACUUCAAGUACGGCAGCAGUUAGCCUUGCAAGAGCUGCGCCAGACUCUGGCCCAAACGAAGAGGCUCCGCGAUGAGCUCCAAGCCAUCACGGAGCUCGCCACGCAGCGCGAGGAGGAGCUACGACGGGCAGAGGGCGACUGCGAGCGCCUCGGGGAGGAUGCCCGGGCCAAUGAAGAGCUCGCCACGCAGCGCGGGGAGGCAGACCAUUCUGGCUACCCAUUGCUAGCGAGUUCGUUGUUGGAUAUCGAGCGCGGCAAAGUAAAGCAUGUUCUCUUGGCUUCAGCCAGCCAAUCCCUGCUACUUCAAGUACGGCAGCAGUUAGCCUUGCAAGAGCUGCGCCAGACUCUGGCCCAAACGAAGAGGCUCCGCGAUGAGCUCCAAGCCAUCACGGAGCUCGCCACGCAGCGCGAGGAGGAGCUACGACGGGCAGAGGGCGACUGCGAGCGCCUCGGGGAGGAUGCCCGGGCCAAUGAAGAGCUCGCCACGCAGCGCGCGGAGGAGCUUCGGCAGACUCUGGCCGAAGCUGAGAUGCAUCGCGAUGAGCACCAAGCCGUCACAGAGGUUGCCACGCAGCGCGAGGAGGAGCUGCGACGGGCAGAGGGCGAAUGCCUGCGCCUCGUUGAGGAUGCCCGGGCCAGCGAAGAGCUCGCCACGCAGCGCGCGGAGGAGCAUCGGCGGUCUCUGGCCGAAGCUGAGAUGCAUCGCGAUGAGCACCAAGCCGUCACAGAGCUUGCCACGCAGCGCGAGGAGGAGCUGCGACGGGCAGAGGGCGAAUGCCUGCGCCUCGUUGAGGAUGCCCGGGCCAGCGAAGAGCUCGCCACGCAGCGCGCGGAGGUGUGCCUUGUGAUCCCAGAGCUUCGGCAGACUCUGGCCGAAGCUGAGAUGCAUCGCGAUGAGCACCAAGCCGUCACAGAGCUUGCCACGCAGCGCGAGGAGGAGCUGCGACGGACAGAGGGCGAAUGCCUGCGCCUCGUUGAGGAUGCCCGGGCCAGCGAAGAGCUCGCCACGCAGCGCGCGGAGGUGUGCCUUGUGAUCCCAGAACCCUUGAGCGUUCGCAAGUCUGAGUUUUGA